GGACGUUUGCCAGGCCUGAAUGUAUUCCGCAGGAUCAUGUCUGUCAUUCCGACAGCUAGAUAUCUCUCAUACCAGUAUAUGUCAAGGCAACAAUACAUGCUCUCUGGUGGAUCUGGUCUUGAGUUUGGUGUAGUUUGGGGCUAUGCAUUAGCAGUCAAGUAUAUCUGUUCUACAUGUAUGUAUUGUGAAGAGAUUUCCAGUUUAUGCACUCUUGGAUGAAUGUUGUUUUCUAACUCACGAAACAGGAAAAACAUUUCUUUCUGAUGCCUCUGUAUGACACACAACUACAUGUAUACAUAAGUCAAGAUUGGUGAUACAAAUACUCCGAAGUGGUGAGACUUUAUUUCUGACGUGAUAGUCGCAGUUCGGACUUUUGUCAAGUUUGAUAAUAAGCCUACAAAUGUUUUAGAGAGGAUAUUGCUGAUUGCGUACACUGGCAGGAUUUGGAAUUUCUUUCUUCACGUCAAAAGUACUAGGAGGAAAUAUGGGAUGUCGUCUCCAGACUACAUGAAGACUAGGCGCGAUACUCGAGCCAUGGCUAAGAAGAGACAGCAACCAAAGGAAGCGGCUUCUAGGAAGCAGCCUGUCAAGGUCACCAAACCCCUGACCAAGGACAUGGUGGUAGCUGCUAUCACUGCCCUCAAAGACAGCAAUGGUUCCUCCGCUCAAUCAAUAAAGAACUACAUCCAAACAAUAUAUGGUGACGUCAGCAAAUCAUCUUCCCUUGGCCUUAUCCUGAAGGCGGCUUCUCGAGAGGGCAAAAUUGAGCUUGUUGUAGCAAAGGGUGGACUCUUGAACUACAAACUUGCUCAGAAAAGCAAGUCUAAAAAGACCUUGAGAGCCAGAAGAGCUCCGAAGAAGGAACCUAAGGCUACCAGUGGCAAGACGGCUCCUGCUAAGAAACCAGUCAAGGAUGCCAAGAGACCUGACAGGAAAAUUGCCAAGAAGGAUAUCACAAAGGUUUCUAAAGGAUUCACAACCUUGAAGGCAACAGAGUCCAAGAAGGCUUCUACCAAGAAAACAGUGCCAAAGAAGAAAGGUGCAAGAAAGCCGUCGAAAACAGCUACCAGGAAAAGAGAAGCCAAGAAUGCAUCUUCUGACAACGAGAAGAACCUCUUCUCAUCAUUCGUCCUCUGCGGACAUUUCUUCCAUCUUCCCAAGCUGCGACCGGGCGGGUCUUCGUCACCUGCCACCAUGAUGCACACCAAGGCGAGGCAAGCCAUCUAUCCUAACUCAACGGUGGGAAGGUUAGCGGUACCAGAUGAUAAGGUUCCAUGGAAGGUUGAAUGGCCAGAGUACAGCCCUGUUAGGUACACAGCUGCUAACGUCAAAGCCGCUCCUGUCUGGGCGGACCCUGAUAUCAUGCAAAAGGAUGGUCCAUCAUUAAAGUUUAACUCCACCGAUGGAAAGGUGAAUCGCCGUAGCUAUAUAGGAAAUUAUGAGUGUAUCGAAGGAGUACCAAGGAAUCCAUGUGGAAGAACAGGGAUGAUGGAGAGGGGUUUAUUAGGUAAAUGGGGACCAAACCAUGCAGCUGAUCCUAUAGUAACCAGGUGGAAAAGAGAUCCAUCAGGAAAGAAAGUACUGCACCCUACCUCAGGCAAACCCAUACUUCAAUUCAUCUCAAUUAGGAGGAAAGACUCAGGAGAGUGGGCCAUUCCAGGGGGAAUGGUAGAUGCUGGAGAGAAAGUAUCGCAAACCUUGAAAAGAGAGUUUGGUGAAGAAGCCAUGAACUCAUUAGCACUGGAAGAUAAGGAUUGCAAAGCUGUAGAGAAAGCUGUAGCAAAUCUCUUCAAACAUGGUGUCGAGGUAUACCGAGGCUAUGUCGAUGACCCAAGAAACACAGACAAUGCCUGGAUGGAAACAAUGGCUGUCAAUUUCCAUGACGAUCAGGGAAACAGUGUUGCCAAGUUCUCACUUCACGCCGGCGACGAUGCUGCUGCCGUUCAAUGGCACGAUGUGGGAUCGGACAUGAAACUCUACGCUAGUCAUUCCUCGUUCAUUGAAAUGGUUACAAAGAGAAUAGGGGCCCACUGGUAAUAGACUGGUAGAUCAUCUAUGAUUUUUUUAAUGACGUGUAGAAGGUAGUCCAAGUGCUGUAUCAUUAAUGUAAAAUUGUAAUCUGUUUGUUUCAGAAAAUCAUGUUCUUGAGGGUGUUUCACAAAGGGGAGAGUUAGACCUAAAAGAAGAUUAGAUAGAUGCUUGUGCUCACACCAUUGGUCAAAUUAUGCUCGGGGGAUCAUGUGCUCUGUUGGGUAGUCAUUGCCAUUGAUCAUUGAAUACCAUACGCGUAUUGGCACUUAUGCGUGACUAACCCUGGUUUCACAUACAAUCCAUUCAUGAGUGUCUUUCACAAGUGAAACCAUACAAAGCAACCUCUUCAAUGUUGAUGUUGAUUUGAAGAGACAGCAACCCUUCUGCUUGUGUAAGCUCUGACAUAUUGGCCCGAAUUCACAAAGGUGGUUUUGAUAACCCCCGGUUGAAUCCAUGGUUUAUGCAGAUUUUCUUAUAUAAAUUAUGCUUAAUUUACCGCGUAUCGGACGCGUGUAUAGUGUAUAAAAAAAUGCUAAUGCGUACUU